GAAGCAAACUUUAGAGGGGAAAGCCAGAUAGGUAAGAGAAGUAUCUGCUGCCACUAGACAGUGUACCACAGCUCUGGGAAUUCAAGAUGAACUUUGCAGCUCAGUUCUUCUACUCACAUUCAAAGAACAGAGCUUCUAGAAGAAGGUCUGGUGUGGAGGAGGAAUAUGAUCCCUUUUGGCAGAGCAAUGGCAAGCAUGGAUCAAGCAGCCAUCAGGGGUCACAGCGCUGCGUUAGCAAGUGUCCUCAAAGCAGGUCUGUCAGGAAUGGAGGCAUAUCACCCCGACCUACUCCAAUUCACCCAGAGAGGUUAAAGGAUUUUGGUGAAGAGGAAUACCUCAAUGGAGAUGUGAGGACCUGGGAAAUGAAGAUUAUAGGCUCUCCUGAGACUCAGCUUGGAGACAUGGCAGAUUCUCAAAAAAGACAAGAGUUCAAGUCUGGCAUAAAAAUUCCUGGCGAAUAUAUCCGCUUUGAAGACAUAAGUGCAGCAGCCUUUAAAAUACAAGGAGGAGUGCAGAAAACACCCUGCGUGUAUUCCAGACUUUCUAAACAGUAUGGUAUGGAGAUUUAUGUUAAAAAAGAACACUUACAGUAUACAGGAACAGUAAAGGAACGUGGAGUGCUCUACCUACUGAUGUCACUGCGCCAGGACCAGCAAAAGAAGGGUGUUAUUGUUGCAUCUGACAGCAACUUUUCAAUGGCAGUGGCUUAUCAUGGUUCAGAGCUGCGCAUUCCUGUCUUUGUCAUCAUGGCUGCUAGCACAUCACCAACACGGCUGAAGAUUUGUCGUGAGUAUGGUGCUAUGGUGAUUUCAUAUGGCAGCACCCCUAUGGACUCACAGAGCCAUGCACGCCGUCUAGCACAAGAAAAUGGAUAUCUUUAUUUGGAGGAGGAGGAAAGUUCAAUAUAUUUAGCUGGUCUGGGCACUAUGGGCCUUGAAAUGUACGAACAAAUACCCAGACUGGAUGCUGUGAUCCUUCCAGCAGGGGGCCUCUGUGGACUACUGGCAGGGACUGCAGCUGCUCUGAAACAGCUUAACCCAAACAUCACCAUCAUUGGUGUGGAACCUGAAGAUUUUCCACUGCUACAGCAGUCUAUAAAACUUGGAUACCCUGUUAAGGAUUUCCACAGCAAUCCUAAUCGCAAACUUUAUGGAGAUCUUGUGGGACCCCCAUUUGGUAAUAACACAUACCAGAUUGCAAAGAAACUGGUGGACAAAGUUGUGGCUGUCAGGGAGGAAGAUGUCCUUGUUUCAAUGCUAAGGAUUCAGGAGUAUGAACGAGUCCUUGUGGAUACUGAAGGAGCCAUUGGGCUUGCUGCAGUCAUUUCAGGAAAGUUGCCGGAGCUACGAGGAAAGAGGGUUGCUAUAGCUGUAUGCAGUGCUAAUAUGGAGCUGCCCUUGAUACGCCAUUGUGUGGAUAGGGCUCUAGCAAUUGAUGACAGAGUUGGAAAGUUUUCAGUCCAACUAGGAGAAGGACCGGGAGACGUUGGUAAACUCCUUGAUCUCCUAGCAAGGCAGGAUGCAAGAUUGCUGGAUAUCAGUCUUGAGAGACCCAGCACAAUGUCUGAUCUUUUUAACAUUCAGGUCUCUUGCACAGUGGAAACCCGAGACAAACUCCAGUCAGCCCAACUUCGGAAUGCUCUGAUGGAGCGAUACACAGCACUAUGCUGGCAGGAACGGUGAUGCUGAAGGCAUGGAAGAUCUUUGGCACUGCACUUUAUUUACUUUCGCUCUCUCUCUCUCACACACACACACGCACACACACACACACACACACACGUACACAAAUACACACAAACUCGCAAAAACUAGCUACAUAACUGGACAAGCAUAUACUGUAGCAUAACUACUUUGCAAUUUAAUGUUUAUGAAGCAAUUCAUAUGAAAUACACAUUUCAGAAACAGACCUGAGGAUCUUGGAUGGAUUGUGGAUGUUUUUAACCGAAAGUGUAAAUUUCAGGUUUUUCUCAGGCCAAUCCUCUUUGCAUUAGAAAAAAAUCACUAUAUUCAUAGUGUAGAAAGUGGGCAGUUACAUAAUAUACAAUAUACUGUAUUUUAAAGUAAACAUUUUUUCAUUUUAUUCUACAAAAUUGUGAAAAGAGAUGGUACCAAAAGACACAAGCAUAAUAUAUCAGCCCAGAAGAGAAAUCAGACUUUUUUAAGAGUACUACAGACAGUAAAAUAUGAAUUUUAUGAAAUAUGCAAGUUUAUUUUUAAAUAUUAAAUGUUUGCUCAAUGAUGAUUAUUUUAGAAUAAUUUUAUAAUUAGCCCUGUAUCUUCAACAAAACAUUGUCAUUUUAUUUUAAACAAAUCUAACAUAUGCUUUGUUAAUACAAAUUACUGAAACUAUGGAAAAAAUAAUAUUAAAUGUCAUAUAGUUAAUUUUUGCUGUGAUCCAGAUUUUGGAGCUAAAAAAAACUGAGACCAAAAAUAAAAGAUUGUUGCUGACUCAAGGCACAGAAUGCCAAA